AUGGCUAAAGAUAAAUCUCUGCGAAUCCACUCAUUCCUCCAAGUGUACUCUGUGGAGGAUACCUGUGAAAAAAUUAUUUUUCUUGAUUUAGUUCUAGGUAUUGUCUUUUUCAUCCAGAUAGGAGCAGGUAUACUGGGAAACUUCUUUCUCCUUUGUCUUUAUACCAUCACUUUCUUUAAUGGCAACAAACUGAGAUCCAUAGACUCCCUUUUUUCCCACUUGGCCAUGGCCAAUUCCAUCGUGCUUAUUUCCAAGGGAGUCCCUCAGACAAUGGUUGGUUUGGGGCUGAAAAAUUUCCUGGAUCACAUUUGGUGUAAACUGAUUCAUUUCCUCCACCGAGUUGCCCGUAAUGUUUCUCUCACUAUCACUUGCUUUCUGAGUGGUUUUCAGAUUAUCACCAUCAGUCCCUUCACCUUUUCCAUUUGGUCAAAACUCAAAGCUCAUGCUUCAAAUUACAUUGCCUCCUUCUGCCUUUUCUGCUGGAUCCUACACAUUCUAAUAAAUGUCUAUACAUUUGUAAUUAUUCAGAAGCAUACAAACAGAAGUAACAUGAGGGAAUGGAAUAAUGGAUUCUGUUCACAAUUCGCUUCAGCAUCAUUCAGAGUCUCACUAUUUGUAAUUUUGUUCUCUAUUCCUGAUUUCUUGUGUGUGGUAUUUAUGGUCAUAGCCAAUAGCUAUCUGAUGCUUGUCCUGCAAAGACACCAUCAACAAGUCCAGCAUAUUCACAGCUCCAGCCAUUUGUCAAGAAGGUCUCCUGAGACUAAAGCCACCUACACCAUUUUAGUGUUGGUGAGCACCUAUGUUUCCUUCUACUCAGUCAAUUCUAUUUUGUCAUUUUAUCUCUUUAUUUCUGAUAAAUAUUACGAGUGGCUGAUUCCCACAUCAGCUUUCUUGGCUGCAUGUUUCCCAGCUAUCAACCCAUUUGUGCUUAUCAGCUCUGAUUCCCAUGUUCUCCAUCGUUUCUUCUCCCUCUGGAAAAAGAAAUGAUUGCAAGAUUCUUGUUUUCCUGGA